AUGGCUUCUUCCGCCGUGUCAUUUUCUGUCUCUGGCAAGACCGCCAUCAUCACUGGUGCUGGUUCAGGUAUCAAUUUGGCAUUUGCUGAACUCCUGCUGUCGCGAGGCUGCAAUGUCGUUUUUGCAGACUUGUCGCUCCGACCAGAAGCCCAGGAGGUUGUUUCUCAACACAAGGACACGACCCCGCGAGCAGUCUUUGUAAAAACAGAUGUGACUUCAUGGCCCGACCUGAGUGGCAUGUUUGAAACUGCGCUCUCCGAGUUUGGCGGGUUCGAUGUUGUCUGCCCCGGAGCUGGAGUUUACGAGCCACAUUGGUCCAGCUUCUGGCACCCACCGGGGUCGGGAGAGAGCAAGGAUGAGAUUGAUGCUGGACAUUACAAGCUUCUUGAUAUCAACCUGACACACCCAUUCGCGCAACCCAGAUGGCAAUCCAAGGUAUCUGUACAGAACCCUAAGCGAGUUAUUCACAUUGCCUCUGUUGCUGGAUAUCUCCCGGUUUUCAGAGCGCCCAUGUACGGUGCAUCUAAAUUCGCAGUCACCGGCUUUGUUCGAUGCCUUGCUCCACUGGACUCUUCCGUUGGUAUUCGGGUCAACGCCGUGGCGCCUGGCGUAGUCCGGACACCACUAUGGACCGAGAACCCAGAGAAGCUGAUCAACGUCGACCAGACGCGAGACGGCUGGGUCACUCCGCAAGAGGUCGCUCAGGCCAUGCUCAGCUGUGUGGAAAGCGACGAACACGUUGGGGGCACAAUUCUGGAAGUUGGGAAAGACAACACGCGACAGGUGCCGGUCACCAAUGACCCGGGUCCAGAUAUGAGCCCAGAGAAGGGGAUUAUCACGAGCAACGCAGAAAAGGGCGACGAAAUGGUGUGGGAUUGGCUGAGUAAGGAGGAUAUCUGGGGUGGUCAACAGAAGUAGCCCCCAUGACGACGGCUUCAAAACGAGUCAUUUUGCAACAUUCAUUAUUGACAAUGUGCCCCGCUCUUCACCAGACUCUGCGCCAUCAUGUGGUUCUGGCUAGAGCUGUAUUUGUGUCCACAUUUCAGUGGUCGAUUUGAACCGCGCCAAUAAUGGGAAGUUGAGCCGAAUUCUCG